UACCAUAAUUUAGUAUUUUAAAAUGCUUAAAUUUUGGUUUAACUUAAUUGCGUAACCUUUCUUUUUUUAUUUCGUGCAAAUGCUUACGUGUUUCCCCUCAAGGUAUAUCCACAUUGCUGCUCGUGACCCAAAGCGAGAACGUUAACGUAGACACCGUAAGUAAUAACAUAAGCACGUGGUGACUACCCAUGAAUAUUUAGAAUAUUAAAUAUCUAUAAAAUAUGCAUAGUUAAAUAGUUGGCAGAGAAUUGCAAAUAGUUUUAAUUAUGUGUCGUCCGUGCUUGAGUUGAGACAUUUCCGUAUGGUAUCACCGGUAUUGUGAAUAGGUCAUUCGCUUUACUAUUUUCGUAGAUUUGCGUUUGAGUUAUUAAUUCUACUCAUUAUAAUGGAACAGUUUAUUGGUAAAAGUGGCUCUUGGAAAUGGCACCCUGUCGCCAAUUGCUUAUGUGGUCAGUGCCAUCAAUAGCAGUCUUGUUAGGAAUCUUUUGGUUCAAGAAAAAGAGAGAAUAUGCAAAAUCUGACCCAGGUGGAAGAGAAAGAAUAAAAAGCUUAAAGGAAGAAUUAGCAGAAGCCUUAAAUGCUGAAGCUGAAUGUACACAGCUGACUCCCCUGGGAAGGAUUGAUCGCAGUAUCAUUAAAUCUGCUCCAAUUGAUAUUGUGCCGAACGGCAGUAGCUCCCAAAGGUCUUCACCCUUAGAGUUGACUGAUGAAGAAAUUGAUUUAGAAAUAGAAAAAAUAAUUAGGAAAAAGUCUAUUGAUAAAGAAAAAAAAAUGUCUUUUGUUAGAGAUAGCCACAUGGAUUCUGUAGCUACAAAGGAUGCCCCUAUUCUUGUUAAAGAAACAACAUGUCAAUUAUACUCAUCUUUCAGAACAGACAUGACUUGUAAUAUCAACAAUCCCAGCUCUGCCAAAACUACAGAGCCUUGUGAAAAUUCAGUAUUGUCAGAGAAUAUUUCUGAAGAUGUUAUUUCACAACCAUUUUGUCAGUCUGAAUGUUCUAAGAUGGAUGCUGUGGCUUCUGAAAGCAAUAUAACUGAUGAUACUGUUAAUGAUUCAGAUAAUAUAAAUGAGACUGAGGAACAUAGUAAUAAUAAUGAACAUGAAGGUCAGAACAGAUAUGCAGCUUCACAAGACAGAAGAAUUUCUGAGAGAGACUCUGCCAACCACAGUCCAGUUGACCCCAUGCUAGCUAGUCCGUCUAUGUGUAAUUUUUCAGAUGAUCACAGUGAGGGUUCUAGUGAUAGUGGAAAAGGAUGCUCAGAGGCUGCAAGUCCACCUCCUGUAACUAUGAACAUAGUUCCCACUGUCCCGGGGCUAAGGAUACAUCAAUUUUUAAUACCUCAGACUCUUGUUGGUCUACUAAUAGGCAAAUGUGGUUCGUUUGUAAUUCGUAUUAAAGCUAAGACAGGUGCAACCGUAUACGUUAGGAGGCAUCCUGAAAUAUCAAAACAAAAAAUAUGUGCAAUUGAAGGAACUGAAAGUGAAAUUGAAGCUGCGUUAGAAAUGAUUAAUGAGAAAUUUCCAGAGAAAAGAUUUCCAAAUUUUUCAACUCAAGAGAUCAGCGCAGAAUUGUACCAGAGGCUGGCACCAUUAGUGCCAGAGUUCCUUCAGUUGCAGCUCGUGGAGUCUGUAAAUAACGAGACUAUAAUGACGUGUCUCGUGAGCGCGGGACAUUUCUUUCUACAACAACCUCUACACCCGACUUUCCCUUCACUACACGCCCUACAUCGGCUCAUGGCCGCGACAUAUCAGAAUCCGGACGUUCCGUCAUUGCCGCGACCAGUGAAAGAGGGUUCAAUCUGCGCCGCACCGACCGAGAACAACUGGUACCGCGCUCAAGUGAUAUCAACGUCAGAAGAGAACGACACGUCUGUGGUGAAGUUGGUUGACUUCGGAGGGUACCUCACCGUUGACAACGAUCAGCUGAAGCAGAUCCGGCAGGACUUCAUGACUCUGCCUUUUCAGGCAACAGAGGCUGUGCUUGCGUUCGUCAAACCCACCAAUAAUGAAGCUGAGUGGAGCAGCGAGGCGCUGCGCAUCAUGGCGGGGCUGACGGCGGGCCAGCUGCUGCACGCGCAGGUGGCGGGCUACGACGAGGGCGGGCUGCCGCUAGUGCAUCUCUACCUGACGAUCAACCCGCAGCAAGUAAUAUUCCUGAACAGAGAGUUGGUGGAGCGCGGGCUGGCCGAGUGGGAGGUGCCGCCGGACUCGUGAGGCGUCGUCCUCACCGCCCCACUCGUAAUACGAGACCUGCGCCCCUGUAGCGCCCCUCGUGGACCUCACGACGCGCUUCUUGUAUUACCAGUGACCUUUAGUAUACGUUGCGUUCCUCGCUGCCUCGGCACUCGUAGAUUAAUUAUUAAACUCUUGUCCGGCGACGGUCGAGUUUUGUGAUUUAUAAUGUUCGUAUUCAAACUUGGGUUGUUAUGACAUGUUUUAUGUGUUGACUUGUUUUGGUACAAGAUGUUUACAAAUUAGAGUCAGUAGUCGGUACAUACUGCAGUGGUUAUUCAUAAAUUUGCCCAGACCUCCAUUAUAUGAGUGAUGAAACUUAUAUGGACUACUAUUAUUUUAUCGACAAAUUAUGUCUUAGAUGUAAGCAUUUUAUUUUUGGCGUUUUGCGUACAUUUAUAACUAUUAUAUACUACCGAUACGUUUAGAAGUGGAGUGAGUUGGUCAGGAUGCUCAUUAUAAUGUAUAAUAGCACUGCCUUCAGCAUUUUGAAUAUAUUCUGUAAUUUAUAGCUGUGUAUGACGAGACAUUGUAUAGUGCCAAGUAUUGGGUAUGUCACGCGGUCGCCCAGAUGCGCGUCACGUGUCACGCCCUCACACGCACACAGCGGUAUUACGUCACGUUAUUAUAUUUAAAUAAACAUUUGGCCAGUGUUGCCUUCAAGUCGUGCCUUUGUAAUAGUUUUCUUCCAUUGCUCGUAGAACACAUAUUUUGUAUCAAAUGUAUCAAGUUAACCAUGCAUGUUAUUUAGUUAUCAUAUACGGCGACUAGUUUGUUUCACGGAAUAUAAAAGCGAACAAUUCAAUGAUUUGCGUUGUACAUGAAAUUUAAUGUGAUAGAUCUAUUUUUACACUAGAAUGCUUAAUUAAAUAAAUGACUGUUUAUGUAAAAUUGUAUAAAUUUUCGUAGAAUAAUUACAAAACGAGUGUAAAUUAAGAGUACAAUAUAACAAUGUGUGGUUGCUUUGUGUGAUUCUGAUGAACGAUAUGUUAGCAGUGGCUGACACUAUAUUUAAAAUAAAGAUUUCUUUCCAGGAUCACAAGACACAUCUCAAAACAGAUAUAACAUAUCUGUAGGUUAUACGUGCGUGUUGAGGUCUCGUCUGAGCCUAACGUUAUGUUGACAGGAAAACGAAUGCUUCAUUUUAAAUAUUUAGAUGUAAACUGCAAUGUUUGAAGAUUGACAAUGGUAAUAUGUUUGAAAUUUAUAAUGAGCAUGUUGAUGUCCCAAUCUAGGAUUUAAUGUAUAUAAUAGCAAAAUAAUGUAGUUACGAAAGCAAUGAGAUAUGUGUUCUUAAUAUUAACUCAGUAUUUCUAGUUUGUUUGAGAGUUAGAAGUUUUUUUUAGUGUUUUGAGUAUCUGUAUGCCUUGUGUAGUUUCUAAAAAUGUUUAGAAUUAGUGAUUUACCUAUACUUUAUUAGCUGUAAUGUCGAUUAUACAAUAGCGACAUAACCUACAUAGAUAUAAACCGGGUUUGUUCACUUCCAGAGUCCCGCCAGACACGGAGAGUGAAUCGGUUGAUGGUAUGCGUAGCUGGCUAUCUGUUUGCAUUUUGUUGACGUCCUUUUUGUAUAUAAACUAAUAUAUUUGCGGUUAAAUCAAUAAAUUAUCGUUUAAAAAAUAA